AUGCCAAUACCAGCAGCAACUCACGCACGAAAACGAAGUAUGACGCUAUUAAAACGAACGGUUAUUGUCCUUAAUGUUUUGAGAGCAACUUCAGUACCAUAUAUUGUACUGACUUAUAUGAAUGCUAUAGGCAUCGCUGUUAUUGAUGAUUAUAGAUCUAUUCCACCACUUGCAUCAACAUUAGAAUCUGUUAUAUCUUUAAUUAAAUGUGGUAUUUCAUCUGGUGUCAUUAAUAAAAAUUAUACCCUUGUUGGACAUUGGAGUUAUAGUAUUGUUAAAUACUUUCUUUCUGAUCUAAAUAAAUCUCAUAAUGAAACAGAGUAUUGUAUGCAAAGCAGCACAACUGUUUCACCCAAAUUAUCUAAGUAG